GGGGGCCCUCAGAUACCGACGGUGGUCAGAAUGAUCGAAGACGAGAAGCCUCACUUGAAAGAUCAGGUCGAGUCUAUGGCGAAGUUCGUCCGCAAGUUCAGCGGGGGGCCCGAUGGAUCGCUCCUUCACGACCUCGUCAAGUUCAGCGGCACCCAGAGGUUCACGCGAGAGAUCCACACCGCGAUCUUCAAGGCGAUGGCCGAUAUCAAUUUUAUUCAAGGUUCGAAAUAUGUCAGCGCAAUGGUGAAGAACAAACUGCCGUGGGAGUACACGGCUGCGUCGGAGAGCGCGAAGACCACCACCGAGCACGCCGUCGGCUUCGUCGAUCCCCGUGGGCAGGCAAUCCAGGAGUCCUUGAAGCACCAUGGGUUCGAGGUGAACGCCGUCAUCAAGAAGCAUAAGGGCUCAGACGACGAGUUCACGAUCGCCAAGAUGACGCAGGAUGCCGUCUUCCUGGUGAAGGGGUCGCAGGUUCGCAAGAAGUACGUGCCGCCGUACAUCCAGCUG